CGACAUCUGCCACAUGAUCCAAAGCGGAUAUUUCCCCGUCCUUGCGAAUGGCUGAGUCUUUAGGGUCCCGGCACAGACCGCGUGACUUUCCUGUUUUUGUUGAAAAGGGAGCAGGCGCCGAACUGCACACUCAUCAAAAAAACCCCAGCACAAUGACUCAGUAGCGUGACAUCUUCGGACUCGGACGGCGGCUGGGGUGGUUCUGGUCUUCUCCUCCUCCUCCCCCGGGAGGGCAGCGCAGCGGCCCCCGCGCCGCGCCGCGCCGCGCAGUGCAGUGUACUGUACCUUUAAAAGGUUGAACUCGCCGGGCCACGGGCUGUGCGCGCAGGAUCGCUUCCCCCCGCGCCGCUCGGCUCAGCUGCGUGCACCUUCCAGCAGUGACAUGGCAUAGAGGCGCUGUGCUGUCGGCAGCCGAAGCAGCAGCAGCAGCAGCAGCAGCAGCAUCCUCCUCCUCCUCCUCCUGCACCAUGGACGCUCACCGACCGCCGCGGCGCAGCGGAGCCCGCGUGUCCGCCUGGAUCCUGCUGAUCGCCGCGUCGGGACUGAGGGCGGAGGGCGACGGCAUAGAGGAGCUCACCACCGAGAAGGAGGCUGAGGAAAGUCACCGACAGGACAGCGUCAAUCUGCUGACGUUCAUCCUGCUGCUGACCUUAACCAUUCUCACCAUAUGGCUCUUCAAGCACAGACGGGUGCGCUUCCUCCACGAGACCGGGCUGGCAAUGAUUUACGGUUUGCUGGUAGGUGUGAUUCUGCGAUACGGCAUCCCUGCCACCAGCUACCACAACAAGACGCCUCCGAGCUGCUCUAUGAAGGAAGGGCCCGCUAGCACCCUGCUGCUUAAUGUCAGUGGCAAGUUCUUUGAGUAUACCCUCAAAGGGGAGAUCAACUCGCGAGAGAUUCACAACGUGGAGCAGAAUGAUAUGCUGCGCAAGGUGACAUUUGACCCGGAAGUAUUUUUCAACAUAUUGCUGCCGCCUAUUAUCUUCCAUGCUGGCUACAGUCUGAAAAAGAGACACUUCUUCAGGAACAUGGGCUCCAUCAUAACCUAUGCAUUUCUCGGCACGGCCAUCUCAUGUUUCGUUAUUGGUAAUCUCAUGUACGGUGUGGUCAAACUGAUGCAAGUCGUCGGGCAGCUGACUGACAAGUUCUACUACACCGACUGCCUUUUCUUUGGUGCCAUCAUCUCGGCCACUGACCCGGUGACGGUGUUGGCCAUUUUCAAUGAGCUCCACGCAGACGGCGAUCUCUACGCUCUGCUGUUUGGAGAAAGCGUUAUGAAUGACGCAGUUGCCAUCGUGCUUUCUUCGUCUAUCGUGGCUUACCAGCCCAGCGGCGCGAACACGCACAUGUUCGAUGCGUCAGCCUUUUUCAAGUCGGUGGGGGUGUUUCUGGGUAUUUUCAGUGGCUCCUUUGUAAUGGGCGCAGCCACAGGGGUCGUCACCGCUCUCGUCACCAAGUUCACGAAGCUGCACUGCUUUCCCCUGCUGGAGACGGCCCUCUUCUUCCUAAUGUCCUGGAGCACCUUCCUGCUCGCCGAGGCCUGCGGGUUCACAGGCGUCGUGGCCGUGCUCUUCUGUGGCAUCACGCAGGCACACUACACACACAAUAACCUGUCCGAAGAGUCCAAACAGCGCAGCAAACAGCUCUUCGAGGUCCUUCACUUCCUCGCUGAGAAUUUCAUAUUCUCCUACAUGGGCCUGGCUCUGUUCACCUUCCAGAAUCACGUUUUCAGCCCCAUUUUCAUCAUCGGGGCUUUUAGUGCCAUAUUCAUCGGAAGAGCCUUCAACAUCUACCCACUCUCCUUCCUCCUCAACCUCGGUCGGAGGCACAAGAUCAGGGGAAACUUUCAGCAUAUGAUGAUGUUUGCAGGUCUUCGAGGUGCAAUGGCGUUCGCCUUGGCUAUCAGGGAUACGGCCACCUACGCCCGGCAGAUGAUGUUCACCACUACUUUGCUCAUUGUCUUCUUCACUGUCUGGGUGUUUGGUGGUGGGACCACGCCCAUGUUGUCCUGGCUACACAUCAGGGUCGGUGUGGACCCUGAUCAGGACCUGCAGCCCUGCGGAGACAGCUUCCAGGUCUUACAGGGGGAUGGCACUCAGGCUGAAGGCCAGAGUAAAACCAAACAGGAGAGCGCGUGGCUCUUCAGACUGUGGUACUCCUUCGAUCACAAUUACCUGAAGCCCAUUCUGACGCACAGCGGCCCACCUCUGACCUCCACCCUGCCCAGCUACUGUGGGCCGCUGGCCAGCUGUCUCACCAGCCCCCAGGCAUACGAGAACCACGAGCAGCUGAGGGACCACGACACUGACCUAAUUCGUAGCGAUGGCGACCUGACCUACACGUUCGGCGACACUGCCAUCACGGCCAACGGUGCGUCUGGCGGCGGGGGGGAGGCUGCCGCGGGGUCAGGCUGGAGCAUGAAUGGGAAAAGGAGCGGCAGCACCUCAGAGGAGGCGCUGGAGCGCGAGCUGGACUCCCGCGAGCAGGAGCUGCUGAGCCGCGGCACACGCCUGGUUUUCCCCAUCGAGGACCAUGUCUGAUGUUCCCCUUCCUCCCUCGCCUGCGCCGUCAAAUACCCUGACCAGACCCCCAGACCGCCUCGCCCUCAUUGCUCUCCACGUCCUGCGGGCAGCGCGUCCAGUCCUUCAGAGAUAAGUGGAGAUAUGGGAGUAGACAGGAGGGGAGGUUUCAGAGCGACCGAGCUCCCUCCAGGCCUGGGAGUAGAGCGCAAGGAUCAUUUCAUCCACAUUACAGAGAGGGAGUUAAUUCUCCAGGAGACAUGUGACCUGAGGAGAAAUUCUCAGAACUGUGAUACUGUGAUUCAUUUGCACUGAUGGUUCCCUCUGCAUAAACAGGAGAGAAACGUCUAUGCAGGAUGUGGGGAUGAAAUUUCCCCAUGCAAAAUUCAAUCUGCACUUUUAAGCCUGUGACAUUUUGUGUUUUCCGCUGAAGCGGGAAUUUUUUUUUUGCCCGGCAGCACUCUCUUGUCAUACACAUGACGUACAUCAGUCUGUCACCGAGAAACGGCUAAGUGGCUUCUUUGUAGCCGCACACUAUAUACAGAAUGAUGCUGCAAAGAGGCCUUUUCGCAAACCAAAAGUUGAUAGUUCAUAGAACAAACAGGAGUUCUUUGGUAGAUGCGUUCCCUUGAUAUUGAUUCCAAUGCUGCUAAUAGACCCUGUGUUCUGUAUGUUUGUUAAGAUUCCCUUUUUUUUCACACAAAAGCGUACGUGUGUAAGGAGAUCGUGGCAUGUGAUGGGCACAGAGGGAGGCAGUCGUGUUGCCCACUCGGCCACCACGGCCCUGUCUUCUGCAAAGUAAGACGGGUGAAGAAUGUGAGCGUGUAUAUAGCUACAAUGCUGAGCUUUGUUCCUUUUUAGUGGGACUGCUCCUUUCAAUGCGUUACAUCACAUGUUACAAAUGCAUCUGUGUCUCUCGUAACAUGAAUAAGGAAUGGAAUUUGCUGAUUUCCCCAAAUUGAAAAAAAUCGAUAGGACUUAUACUCUUUAAUAUAGUUGAAGAGCAUUUUCAACACUAUAAUUUAUAUAUAGAACAUUAUACUUUUGAAUCCUUUGAAAAAAAUACAUAUAUAUAUUUGUCCACUUCAUUUCUAAAAGAUUUAAAAUGACCAGCAAAUUAUUUUCAUCAACUAUUAAUCUCUUGUAAAUAAUUGUUCAGCCAUUUAGUCAAUGGUGGAAAGUAACUAAAUACAUUUACUCAAGUACUGUAAAUGUACUUAAGUCCAAUUUUACUACUAAGGAGUAUGUCCAUGUCAUUUUACUUUAAUUCCACUCCACAUGUAUGUAUAUAUAACAUAUAACAAGAUAUAACACAUCAUUAAUGAUUAACAGCGGUUUCCUGUUUUGGUUGAGCUCCACCGAAUGAUUUUCCCCUCAUGGUUUCAUUUUGUCGAAUUUUCAAAUGAUCCCAAUGAAAAAUCUCACCAAAGAUCAAGUGAAUUGUAAAUUUAUGUUGUGUCAUCUCACGACUUCCCCUCAGAUUUAUCUGGUGUCCCAGUUCAUGAAACUGCAGUUCCACCUGCAGCAGCUACAGCAGAAACAUGCUGCUCACUCACUGAUGCUCCAGUAUUAAUCAUCGAAUGAAGUCAUAUGUCUGAGGAAUUUUAUUAUGCCAACUACACUCAGUAGGAUUAUUCAUGCAGUAUUGAUACUUAAAGGAUCUGAAUACGUCCUCCACCACUUUGUUUAGUCAAGUAUAUUAAAAUAGUGAAAAAGGUCUAUCAUGGAUCUUUAAAUGACUUGGUCCAAAUACCCAGAAAUAUUCACAACUAUCAUUGAUGACAAAGAGCAGUGGAGUCUCACACUGGAGAACCUGGAGCUACAGAGAGUUUGGCAUUUCUGCUUGAAAAAUAACUAAUAAUAUUAAUUCUAAUGAAUUUCAAUUAACAAAGAAACUAAUAAAGUCUUUUAAAAUCCUUUUCAGCUCUGCACUUAAGACGAAUUUAGUAGGUGGUGUGGUGACGACGUGCUUGCUGGUCACAGUGAGUCCAUGCGGGAGCAGUGCAGCGCGGCAUUAAGAAAGUAGUUAUUAAAUCUAUUUGGCUAUUUCGGACACGUUAAAAUUCUGUUAAAAUACAAACAGACAGGUAACCAGAGAUUAGUAGAGGAAGUGCUUGUACAUAAUUGAACCAAACAGGACUCACCCUUUUUGUUUGCUUAUAAACAAUGUUUUUAUCCCAUAAGUAUAUUAACCUGAAAUGCUGUUCUCACCUGUUGUUUCUAAACCUGAAUUCCCAGGAAUAUGAUUAUAUAUAUAUAUAUCUGUGUAUAUAUAUAUAUAUAUAUAUACACAAACGCACACACUGCUAAUUUCUUUUCUCAUAUAAUAGUUUGAAGACUUAAUUUCACAUGUUCAUUUUAUUCAUAUGAAAAGAAGACUUCAGCAGCCCCUUACUCUGAAUGUGAUUUGGUUCAAAUGUUAAGUUUGACAAUUUAGGAAAAACAUUAGUAGCCUUCAUCUUUACUGUGUGUAUCAAUCUUCUCAUUUAACUCUUCUGGCAGGAACUCAAUAAGCAUUAUUUCCCAGAAUGUCAAACUGUUUCCUUUUAAACUCAUUGUUUGAGCAGACACUUGCACAUCAAUUUUUUUUUUAAAAACUUCCCCAAGCUUUGAUUACAGGUAACCUGAACACAUCAUGUUCUGUAAAACACGAGGGAACACGUGUUGUUCUCCUUAGUGGGAAAAAAAGCAUGUGAACCUCCUGGAGUUUGUUAAAAAAAAGUUUGGAGCCAAAUCGUCAGUACACGAGAUUGUCUCUUGUCUUCGUAGCAGCUGUGCUCCGUCCAACACAGCAUGUGCGGCGUGACACUGAUCUACCUGUGGCCCAGUUCCCACCUGCUUCACGCGGCAGUUUUAAAUGCGAUAACUGGUUUAAGGCCCUGCUCCAUCGUGCAAACCCUUCCAUGAGAGACCGUGACCAUCACCACUGACCCUACUGCUCGAUUUGCAUAACUCUACAUGAACUUUCUUUUUGCAUGUCACCACGUCCAGACGUUUGAACAGCUCCCCGUUUGAAAUUCACGCUGCACACGCCGCUUGUUGCUUUCCCCGAUUGUGCAAGGUGACUCUGAUGCUUUCACAUGAGGUUGAAGCCCCACACAAGUUUUCUGUCUGACUGGGGGGGGGGGGGGCUGCAAGAGGAAAUUAAUCUACUUAUGUAAGCUGUUGCCAAGCUGUAUAUGCACUGUGGGUCAAUUAAACACUAGCUGGGGUGAGGAGUGAUGUGAAGCUUCGCUCUCUGUCUAACAUCUGAUGGCUGGUCUGUGUCAAGGGAACUUAAAAUACUCCACCGUUUUGUCUCAACAACCAAUCGGUGUAUGCUGGACUUGGGUUUAUGCUCACCACGUCUCUGCGGUGGAAAAACUGCUGGAAAAAAAUAGUGAUUUUUGGAAUUAUAUCUGUGGAGGAAGUCGCUAAAAGACAAGAGGAACUGGCGUCUGUCCACGUGUCCAGGACAAAUUGGCUUUUAGAGAAGUUCGCUUUUGACGGACGGCAGCAACGCAGACGACUUGAAAACAGUGGCUGCAGGCGAACAAACGAGCUUUUGAGUUUUGACACUUGACCUCAAGCAGAGGACACUCGCGGGACCCUUAUGUAACCAAUCAUGUGCACUCACUCUCCCUGUCUGUCUGUCCCUCUCUCAGACGGUUCUGCUGUCAGUUGUCUCGCUAUAUUUACAUGCUCUCUGUUACCUGAGAAAUAUGAGAUGUAGCUCAGUUGUCGAUACGUGGACCUGUUGUUUUCUUGUAGCAGCUGGCUCACAGGGUCCGCCCGCCAUUGGUUUGCAUGUCACCAUACCAAUAAAAAUGGUCAAAUUUA